CUGAGUUAUAAUAUCAGGAGGUUAUUUUUAUUUUUAUUUUAGCAAAUGAAUAUAGAUUAGCUAUCAGAUGAAGCAAGGUGUAUAAUCAAAGUUGAAAGACGCGUAAUUGUGAUCCUAUAUAUACAUAACACUACCGCAACUUCAGCAACCUCUAAAUCAUUCGUCUCCUAAAAUUUUCCAAUCUCAAAAUCCCAAAAGAACAAAAUCGAAUGGUGUCAACAAAUCCCCCUGUUCUUCCAAUUUCCACCACCGCAACAGACACCACCAAUCAGCCUCCGAUUGUAACCGCUGUGGUGGAAUCGCAACCUCCAGUCGUCCGUGCAUUUGUCAACGGUGUGACCGAGACGGUCUGUGGUGGUCUAUCUCGUAGCCGUCCGUGGUCAGAGCUCCUCGAUCGAUCCGCUUUCACAAAGCCUGACUCUCUCUCCGAGGCCGGGACGCGAUUCCGGAAAAAUUCCUCUUAUUUCAGGGUGAAUUACGUUUGCAUUGUCGCUCUGAUCCUUGGUUUCUCUCUUCUCGCCCACCCAUUCUCUCUCAUCCUCCUCCUAUGUCUCGCCGCUUCCUGGCUCUUCCUCUACCUCUUCCGUCCAUCAGAUCGUCCUCUUAUCCUCUUCGGCCGAUCUUUCUCCGAAUACGAAACUCUCGGUGGCCUAAUCCUCUCCACGAUCGCAGUGAUCUUCUUCACAAGCGUCGGAUCUGUAUUGAUAUCCGCUCUCAUGAUCGGAAUAGCAACAAUCUGUGUCCAUGGCGCCUUUAGAGCUCCCGAUGAUCUCUUCCUCGACGAACAAGAUCAUGCCGCCUCCGGAUUCCUCUCAUUCAUCGGUGUUCCCGCGAUCCCCUCUGUAGCACCCUCUGCCUCCUCAGCGGCUUCCCCCGUGUAAAUUAUAGUUCUCAGAAUCUGGCGUGUUUAGAGAUUUGAAGGUGGAGAUUGUUGCAAUGUAAUUUUCUGUGAUACUUGACCAUUGUUGCAAUGUAAUUUUCAUUGAAGUCAGUCACCAAUCACAUUGAACAGAUGUUUUAAAAUGUCCACGUAAGCAAUUAUUGUUUGGAACGAUUUCGGGUUAGCAUUCGUGCCGUUAGUUACCGCAAUAAAAGGCCGUGGCAAUAUCAC